AUGCUCUCGACGACAAGGGUAGCACCAAGGGCUGCCGUGCUAAUACAACCUAGACUCUUAUCUUCCAUCGCCCACUCGAUACGAACCUACUCCUCCGCCUCCGAACCAGACCUCAAAACCACCCUUAAAGAAGCCAUACCAGCAAAGCGCGAGCUUCUCAAAAAAGUCAAGAGCCAUGCCAGCAAGACAAUUGGUGAAGUCAAGGUGGAGAACACGCUUGGUGGCAUGAGAGGGCUUAAAGCAAUGGUAUGGGAAGGAUCCGUCCUCGACGCAAACGAAGGCAUCCGAUUCCACGGCAAAACGAUCGAAGAUUGCCAGAGUGUCCUGCCCAAAGGCACCUCCGGCACCGAAAUGCUACCCGAAGCCAUGUUCUGGCUGCUUCUGACCGGCCAAGUCCCCACUACAUCACAAAUCCGUGCCUUCUCUCGAGAACUCGCUGAGAAAUCCACCCUGCCGAACUUUGUCGAGAACAUGCUAGAUAGCUUUCCUACGGACCUGCACCCUAUGACUCAAUUUGCCUGCGCUGUUUCUACACUCAAUCACACCUCUGCUUUUGCGAAAGCGUAUGAGAAGGGUGUCAACAAGGCCGAUUACUGGGAACCUACAUUCGACGACAGUAUCUCACUGCUCGCCAAACUCCCCACGAUAGCCGCCAAAAUCUACCAAAACAGCUACAAGGGUGGUGGGUCUCUACCAGCACAGGUAGAUCCAGAGCAAGACUGGUCCUAUAAUUUCGCGGCCAUGCUCGGCAAGGGCGGCAAGGAGAACGAGAAUUUCCAAGACUUGCUACGACUCUACCUUGCUUUACACGGUGAUCACGAGGGUGGCAACGUCUCUGCGCACGCUACCCAUCUGGUUGGUAGCGCGUUGAGUGAUCCCUUCCUCAGCUACAGCGCCGGUCUACAAGGUCUUGCCGGACCACUGCACGGUCUCGCAGCACAAGAAGUCCUCCGCUGGAUCCUAAAAAUGCAGUCACACAUCGGGACCUCCUUCACCGACGCCGACGUGAAAGACUACCUUUGGUCAACCCUGAAAUCAGGCCAGGUAAUCCCCGGCUACGGGCACGCCGUGUUGCGAAAACCCGACCCCCGCUUCGAAGCCCUCAUGAAGUUCGCCUCCUCCCGCCCCGAGAUCGCCGAAGAUCCUGUCUUCCAGCUCGUGAAGCGGAAUAGCGAGAUAGCGCCGGGCGUGUUGAAGGAACACGGGAAGACGAAGAAUCCCUUUCCGAACGUGGACAGUAGUUCUGGCGUGCUAUUCCACCACUACGGCUUCCACGAAACGCUCUACUACACCGCCACCUUCGGUGUCUCGCGCGGUCUGGGACCGCUAGCGCAGCUAAUCUGGGACAGAGCAUUGGGGCUGCCGAUAGAGCGGCCAAAGAGUAUUAAUCUGGAGGGCUUGUUGAAGCUAGCGGAGGGAUCGUAG